UGAACGAAAAACGUAGGCGAAAUUGCAUUUCGAUGUCGUACUAAAUUCGUCGUUCAUGUUUCUAUAUUCAGUGAAUUUAAAUCUCUUGCCAAGAAAGUAAAAAAAAGGAAGAGGUUAUGACAGUAUUCUCGUGUGUGUCGUUCUAGGAAGUUCGUUAGUAUAUUCAUAGUCGAGGAAUUAAUAAUGCAGGAAAUCAUCCUAGCAGCCUUCGUGUUAUCGAGUCUGCUCAUAGUAUGUGGCCUGGUGCUGCUGGGUUGGUAUUUAGUUUGGAAGUUUUUCCUUUCAAGGUUCAGGUUUGUUCGAGAACUAUUGGGUGGAAUGAGCGAAUCUUCAUCUGUGAAUGAUUUAAAGAAUGGUAGAUCUCGUAUGAAAAAAAUUAGAAGAGACUAAGGACACAUUUGUAAAUUUGAAAUAAGAAGAUUACUAAGUGAUAUUUAAAGGAACAGAACAAGAAAAAACUGACCAAAGGAAAAUUGUCUUUCAUUU